AUGGAUGACAAAAAAACAUGUAGAUCGUGGAACGAUAUUGAUUCCAGUGAGGAAAUCGUUAUUUCUGGUAUUGCUGGUAGAUUUCCUUAUUCAGAUAAUAUGAAUCAAUUACGAGAAAAUUUAUUCAAUAAAAUUGACCUUGUAAGAGCAGAUCAUAACCGAUGGGAGAUAGAUCAUGAGGAAUUUCCACGCCGUAUGGGAACAGUUAAUAAUAUAGAAAAAUUCGAUGCGGAUUUUUUUGGAUUAUCUUUUGAGCAAGCACACACACUUGUACCUGAGACGAGAUUGUUAUUGGAACAUUCUUAUGAAGCAAUUAUCGAUGCAGGGAUCAAUCCAAAGCCAUUACAAGGAAAAAAUAUUGCCGUAAUUAUAGGGUCAUCUGCUAUUGAAACACAAAAAAGGUUUAUUAAUAAAAACGUUCAGUUUGGAUUUGAGAUCAGUGACCCCUAA